AGGGGGAGGCGCACAUGAAUUGAGAGAAACACACUCACACAUUUUCACAGCCUGCUCUUCAGACUGACAGCAGCAAACGGAGUUGGGAGGCAGCACGGUGCAGCAAGGCGGGGAAAUAAAGAGGAUUGGAAACAAGUGAGGCAUCCACAGAGAAGAGGAGACUACAGGGUUUUCUCUUUUAUCACUCUGGGAGCCAAACAAGGAGUCUCCCCUCUACUCUUCUUGAAGUGAACUUGCUCUGCUGCUAGGAGGACCUGCACCCUGCUAUGGCAGCCCCGGUGGGACAUGGGAACACCAUCUCCCUCUCAUCUUGCUCCUCUCUUUGUUGGACUACUCUCCUCUGGGCUCUCUUGACCCUUUCAAGCCAAGUGUGGGGAUUUAACCUGGAUACUACUCACACACUUCAUAAGUUGGGAGACCAUGGCACCUUUUUUGGCUUCUCUCUAGCACUUCACCAGCAGCUUACCCCAGAGUCUAAAAGCUGGAUCCUUGUGGGAGCCCCACAGGCAGCGGGGCAGGGCCUGAUGAGGGGCACUCGGCCAGGAGCUUUGUUCAAAUGUCCAAUCACACCUGAGGAGUACGACUGUGAGAGGGUGGAUAUCGACGGAGAAGUGAAUCUGGAAAGAGAGAGCAAAGACAACCAGUGGCUGGGAGUCACUGUCAAGAGUCAGGGGAUUGGAGGGAAGGUGGUGACCUGUGCUCAUCUGUAUGAGCUCAGGCAACGUGUUGGUCAAUCUUCAGAGACCCGUGAUCCCAUUGGACGCUGCUACGUUCUGAGUGAUGAUCUGACGGAGCGGGACGACCUGGAUGGAGGGGAGUGGAAGUUCUGCGAGGGCCGGCCGCAGGGACACGAGCAGUUUGGCUUCUGCCAGCAGGGCAUGUCCGUCAGUUUCACCCCAGACAACGACUUCAUUCUGUUUGGGGCUCCAGGAACCUACAACUGGAAAGGUGAGAUGCGUGUCCAGCUCCUAAACCAGACUCUGCUUGACCUCGGUUUUUACGACGACGGGCCCUACGAGGUGGCAGAUCAGAAACAACUUAAUGCCCAGCUCAUCCCUCUGCCCUACCACAGUUACCUGGGGUUUUCUGUGGACUCUGCCAUGGGGAUAAUAAGCCUCAGGGAGCUGACCUUCGUGGCAGGUGCACCUCGGGCCAAUCACACGGGGGCAGUAGUGCUGCUAAAAAAAGACAACGUGUACCGGCUGGUGCCACAACACAUCAUCUGGGGCGAGGAGCUGGCCUCGUCAUUUGGGUACUCCGUUGCUACAACGGACCUGAACCGGGAUGGCUGGACAGACCUGAUUGUUGGAGCUCCUAACUUCUUUGACCGUAAGGCAGAGAUUGGAGGGGCUGUGUACGUGUACCUGAACCCCUUCGGUCACUGGGACGAUCAUUCCCGACCCAUCCGUCUCAACGGGACCUACGACUCCAUGUUUGGAAUUGUAGUCAGCAACAUCGGUGAUCUGGACCAGGACGGGUACGGAGAUAUUGCUGUUGGGGCACCGUUUGAUGGAGAUGGCAAAGUGUUCAUCUACAGAGGCUCAGAUGCUGGAAUUGAAACAAAGCCAGCUCAGGUGCUCGAUGGUCGUGACUUUGAUGUGAGACGAUUUGGAUACUCCAUCUCAGGGGGUUUGGAUAUUGACAGUAACCACUACCCAGAUAUAGCCGUGGGCUCUCUUAAUGACUCAGUGGUUCUCUUCAGGUCUCGCCCAGUCAUCCAUGUGCUCCGAGAAGUAUCUAUCGACCCUCAGUACAUUGAUCUGGAGCAGCAUAACUGCAAGGGCCGAGAGGGAGCCUGCGUGGAGGUCAAGGCCUGCUUCACCUUCACAGCCCACCCAGAACACUACUCCCCGCACAUAACCCUGGUGGUGCACUUUGAAGCUGACACCGAGCGCAGGAAGUUGGGCCUCCCACACCGUGUUAACUUCCUGGGACGCAGUUCCCUGGAGCCGGAGUAUACUCAGACAGAAGAGGUGGAGCUCCAUCGGCAGCGACACCCUGUGUGCACCACCGCUACCUUCCAGCUCCAUGAUAACAUCCUUGAUAAACUGCGCCCCAUCUCAUUGGCGAUAACCCACGAGAUCAAGUCUGUGCCCCCCCGCAGACAUUCGGGUGCCAAGAAGCUGGAGAAGCUGGCGCCUGUUCUGAGUGUUUCCCCGUCCAAUACGCUGCACUCUGAGGUGAACUUCCUGCGAGAAGGAUGCGGCAGCGACAAGAUCUGCCAGAGCAACCUGAAGCUGAGCUACCAGUUUGGAACAAGACCCCUGACCUCCGACCUCUUCACCCCGCUGCCAAAAGAUGACGAUGAAGUGCAGGUGUUCUCGCUGUCGGACCAUCGGCUGGUGGUGCUGGAGAUCACUGUCACCAACACGCCCUCUGACCCUGAGCACCCCGAGGAGGACGGAGACGACGCCCACGCCGCUCAGCUGCUCAUCUCCCUCCCUAACACUUUGUCUUACGCCGGCUCAAGGAUCCCACCACAGAUUAGAUGCCAGGCAAACCAGAAUGGCUCCCAAGUCGAAUGUGACCUCGGAAACCCUGUGAAACGCGACACUAAGCUUAAAUUCUCCAUCAACUUGAGCACAUCAAACAUUACAAUUGAGACCACUGAGUUGACAGCAGAUCUCGCUUUGACAACUAUCAGUGAGCAACCCGAUCUGGUACCAGUCACAGCUUUUGCUAGAGUUGUGAUAGAGCUCCCUCUGUCUGUCAGUGGGCUUGCUCGUCCUCACCAGCUGUUCUUCAGCGGGACAGUGAGGGGAGAGAGUGCCAUGGCCAGUCUGGAGGACAUCGGCAGCCCUGUGGAUUUUGAGUUUGUGGUGAUUAAUACCGGACAAGCUCUGCAGACGCUUGGUUCGGCCUUCCUCAACAUCAUGUGGCCUUACGAGCUGGCUAAUCAGAAAUGGCUCCUGUAUCCCGCAAGCAUGAAGUUUGAGGGUCACCCAGAAACACAGUGCACCUCAACGGGGGCCUUAAAUCCUCUGAAGCUACCCAUUUCUUCACCUGCAGGACUCCAACAGGCUGUUAAUAUAAGGGCUGGGCGAACGCGCCGCUCCCACCCAGAGGAGGAAGGUCCAAUGACGACAAAAGGCAGCGUGAGACGAACCACGCCAGCUGUGGCAGCCUCGGAGAGACGCAAGUCGCUCAAACUGGACUGUCUCUUGGGGUCCGCUCGCUGUGUCCUGCUGCAGUGUCCCCUCCACAGCUUCUCUGGUCAGGCUGUCCUCAAGAUCCAUGCCAGACUGUGGAACAGCAGCUUUAUAGAGGAUUUUUCGGCAGUCAGUGCUUUGGAACUGCUGGUCAGAGCCAACAUCACUGUGAAGUCCAGCAUCAAACACCUGGUCCUCAAGGAUGCUUCUGCACAGGUUCCAGUAAUGAUCUACCCUGAGCCGGGUCUUGCUGAUCAGUACUGGAUCCCCUGGUGGAUCAUACUCAUAGCUGUCCUGGCAGGCAUCCUGCUGCUGACUCUGUUAGUCUGCAUACUGUGGAAGUGUGGCUUCUUCAAGCGCAGUGAGCGGCGCCGGCACUAUGACACGGAGUACUACCGCGCCCACUUGGGGGUCCAACCCUCGGAGGCGGAGAAGCAGGCGUCAGAACUAUAAUAUAAAGAUAUAUUUCACUUUGGCCUGCUCUCCCCUCCUCCUCCAAGCGUGUGGCUUCUUCCAGCGGGCCCACUACAAAGACAAGUUGCCUCAGUACCACGCGGUGAAGAUUCCUCGCGAAGACCGGCCACAGUUCCAGACUGAGAAGUCAGGAGUUGUCCAUAAAAAGGAAUGGGCCACGCACUGGAGCGACCGGACCUCAUAACUCGCUUUGAAGCACUGACUGACUGCAUUAAUUCAAAUCACCAUGUGUGGCACUCAUUCUGUCUUUGCAUUGGAACUAACGGACUAAAAAUGGUGAACAUAGACUGAGAUCGUGACAUCUUGUGCACUCUGUACUGUGUCAGUACUUGCAUACUUAUGGCCUGUUGCACUGCGACUGGAUCUAUACUCUCUGUAGCCCACUGAUGGCUGGCCUUGCAUAGUCUAUUUAAUCUGUGCAUCUAUAUCAGUGUGCAACAGUUACUACUGCAGGCCAACAACAGUAUCAGAACCAGUCUAGCAGCUCCAAAUACUAACAGCCUUCAGAAAGAAGGACACAUGAACUUCACUGUUUUCCUGAGGACAAAAUGAGGACAGAAAAUCACAACUCAAAGACAUGCAUGAAUGCACAAACAUACGGUAUAAUAUUAGAUGCAUACAGACACACUGGACAUUGUUGAUGAAGAAGACACUGCCCGUGACGAAGACUACUUUUUGCCUUAACUACUGUAAGACUGACGACUAAUAUGGGCAAUGGAAAAAAAUGCUUCUUUUUUAUAUAAAUGAUUUUUGGGGAUUUUGUUUAGCACUGGUGGACAUUGUAAACAUGUCAGUAUGUAAGAUAUCAGUGAAGUUUUAUGUUGCAGAACACUGAAUGUGUCUGGGUUUCAUUCAAGGAAACGAAAUGCAUUUUUACGUCAUUAUAGUUUUUGUUUAUAUGUCAGUCAAAUGUACUGUACAUCAAUAGGUUACUGCCUGAGUGAACUUGAAUAAGAACAAUACAACCUAUAACAGCCUAUAAACAUGUAUGUAAUGAAAGCAGAGCAAUAUUUAAAAUAUGGCCUGAACAUUUACAGUGUAAGCAUUUAAAUUCAUAAGCCAGUUUAUAAAAUGAUUAUGUGUGAAAACGUGGUCUCAAAUUACAGCCUAUAAUGUAAGAGUGAAUGAGAUACUCUAUUAUUAUAAGGUUUUCAACAACUUCCAUUUAUAUUUGGACUGAAAUGUGAAAACAUUUCACCAGAAGACAUGAUAACCUUUGUAUAAAAUAGUUAUAAAACUGCCUAGCUGGAUUAUAUUAACCUGCUUGUUGCGUUGUUCCUGGUACUGUACUACAGUCACAGCAGCCGGAGUAAGAUGGUACAUUCAUUUCAGUACUGACAUUUCUAACUGCGGACAAGUGCCUUGUUGUAAAAGUGGCUGACACCUCUGGAUAAUAAAAAAGUCCCUCUAACAUUUAACCAACAUGGAGAGAGGAAAGAAUAUUUCAAGAAGAGCAGGACAUGUUGGCAAGGAGCAAGACGAACUUUCUUUGGAUCUAAUUUGGGUCGAUGAAGUGGCUGUAAAGCAUGAAGAGUCAGCUUGUUUUUGAAGGUAUUGCUGGACAAUCUUGUAUUAGCUGCAUGAAGCUCCUGAUGCUGUUCUGCCCCCCCCCCCCCUUCCCUAUUUUUGGUCAUGACAAAGUGUUUUAUUUAUUUUAUGUUUGGCUGCACUGUUUAACAUUGUAAAUAAAAUAAAAAGAAACAAA